AUUGUCAUGGAGCAUUGUGCUGAGAAGAGUUAAGUCUAUCAUCUAGAAUUUAAACAUGCAUUAGUAAACUACAUUUCAUAGGAAUAACAGUGGCUAUAGGCUCAAGAGUAAAUAUUAGAAGAGUUCAAGAGUGGGAUGGAUGUUUGGAGAAGGUAGUAAAUUUUUGCUCACUAGAGAUGAGUGAAGAUUGGACACCAAUUUGUUGAAUAUGCUUACAGGGGAUUCAUAUGCAGAUCGACCAAGACCAAGGAUGACUCCCCUGGUCAUGGUGGUAUCCUGCCGCCCAAUAAGAUUUCUGGGCUCUUUCCUCCAGCAGGGAACUCAGCAGGCUAGCAAAUUUCAACUGCACACAGGAACUCCCUGUGCUGCCAAGGACUACUAUGAGUUCCUGGUACUGGGUGGGGGAAGUGGUGGUAUCACCAUGAGCUCCCGAAUAAAGAAAAAAGUGGGGGCUGGAAAAGUAGCCAUUGUUGAGCCUAGUGAGAAACAUUUUUACCAGCCUAUAUGGACACUGGUGGGUGCUGGUGCCAAAAAGCUGUCAUCAUCCAGCCGUUCCAUGGAAAAAGUUAUUCCAUCAGGAGUAGAAUGGAUCAAAUCAAGAGUGAGAGAACUGGAUCCAGACAAGAACCGCAUCCGCAUCGAUGAAGGCAAAGAGAUUGCUUAUAAAUAUCUCAUCAUUGCUCUUGGAAUCAAGCUGGAAUUUGAAAAGAUCAAAGGUUUGCCUGAAGGAUUUAGAUAUCCUAAAAUAGGUUCUAAUUAUUCCCUUGUAACUGUGGAGAAAACAUGGAAGGCUCUGCAGGGCUUCAAGGAGGGCAAUGCAAUCUUCACUUUCCCAAAUACUCCAAUUAAGUGUGCAGGAGCACCACAGAAGAUCAUGUAUUUGGCGGACGCCUACUUGAGGAAGACAGGAAAGCGAGAGAAUGCCAAUAUAAUUUUCAACACUUCCUUGGGAGCCAUUUUUGGGGUUAAGAAAUAUGCAGAAGCCCUGGAAGAAAUUAUCAAGGCCAGGAACAUCAAUGUGAAUUAUCGUCAAAACCUUAUUGAAGUUUUGCCAGAAAAACAUGAGGCGGUGUUUGAGGACUUGGACAAUCCUGGAAAGACCAACGUGAUUUCAUAUGAGAUGCUUCAUGUCACUCCACCCAUGGGGCCACCAGAUGUGGUCAAGGACAGUCCUGUUGCAGAUGCUGCUGGCUGGGUAGAUGUGAACAAAGAAACUCUGCAGCACCAGAAAUACCCAAAUGUUUUUGGUAUUGGAGACUGUACAAACCUUCCCACAUCAAAGACAGCAGCUGCAGUAGCUGCUCAGUCUGGAAUACUUGACCACACAAUUUCCCUGGUAAUGAAGAAUAAAAAACCAGUCAAAAAGUAUAAUGGGUAUACAUCUUGUCCACUUGUUACAAACUACAACAGGGUGAUACUUGCUGAGUUUGACUACAAUGCUCAGCCUCUAGAAACCUUUCCCUUUGACCAGAGUAAAGAACGACUCUCCAUGUACAUUAUGAAAGCUGAUAUGAUGCCUAUUCUCUAUUGGAAUGCAAUGCUAAAGGGAUAUUGGAAUGGCCCAGCUCGUCUUCGCUCAUUGCUACAUUUGGGUAGACUUUAGAGAAGACUGAAAAUCUGCAUUCUUGACCAGCCUCCUCCAAUGGAGGGUUUCUAACCCUAAACCACUGCCUUCAACCCAAAGCAGAAUGAAGAGCUUAAAGUUUAGUCCUGUAAAAUAACUUGUACCCUUACAACUGCUUCUUUUAUCAUUUGUCUUUGAAAAAGCCUACUUGCUGAUUGACCCACCUAAAUGAAAGGGACUGAUGUUUACUUCCUGGUACAUGUGUACCAGUGUUGAUAUUGGUAUCAGAAGUCCAUUAAUGAUAAUGGUGGAAAUGAAAUACCACAUUGAUAUUUUUCUCCAUUAUGAAUAUUCACCACUAGACUUACAUGAUUUUUUUUUCAAAAAAACAAGUCACAGAUCACCAAAUUAAUCACAGAUUUUUAGCAUUUUUGUGGGUUUUAGGUGAGGCUGAUUCUUAGAUAAAUGAUCAAAUUGCCAAACGGGGACAUACAUUGCUUUUAGACCAUGUCUAAUCAUAAGAAUGUUGAAGUGGGGAGAAUUCCAGUUUCAUUACUUUCAAAGUGGAAUGCUAACGUCUUGCCCCUGUGGAUAUUAUAUUGAAGUGCAUUAAAUUGCAUUGCUGUGUUGAA